AUGUCCUCCGCCUCGUCCUCGACGACGUCGAGCGGAGGGAGCAUUCCCCACAUCACAGAUCCUUUGUCUCGCGCGACAGCACUUAACUGGUUCGGGUACCACCCCCGUGAAUUCGAUGAGACGGUCUUGUACAUCCCCAAGGACCGCAGCCGGGGAGCCACAACCGAUGAGUCUCGCCCUACUCCCCCGCCUCUUCAGGCCUCUGUGGCAAGCGCAGGCGACCUCGGCAAGUUUCCCCUAGAGCUCCUCAGUCUUAUCGCGCAGUACACAGACUUGCGCUCCACCUCUGCGCUACGUCUCGUCAACCGGCGGAUGCGCCUCAUCGUCGACGAGUCGGUCCCGUACAAGUUCCUCGUGCGUCACAUCCCGAACACGCUCGAGACACUCGACACCGCAGAUGCCUCGCAGCACUUCACCGUCGACGAGCUCUACCACACGCUCUGCACGCGCACUUGCUCGUUCUGCAACGAGUUCGGGACCUACCUCUGGAUCCCCGAGUGCGUCCGGUGCUGCUUCAACUGCCUCAGCGAGACCCCGCACCUCAUGGCGCUCAUCGAAAGCGACGCCAAGAUGCUCUUCGGAGUGACCAAGAAGUCCCUCGUGGACGUUCCGAGCAUGCUCUCAAUUCCAGGGACGUACGGCAUGGUAGACCUCUACCACGGGCGGCGCUUCCGCCUCUACAGCCAGCGCCGCGUGGUGCAGGCGGCCAUCGCGCACCACGGCGGCAAUGAGCGGUACGAUACGUGGCUCGAGACGCACGGGAAGAAGGCUCGCGAGGUGUUCGCCCGCCCGUCCCGCCGGGGUGUCAGCAAGCCGACGUUCUACCUGAGCGCGCGGUUCAUGGCAGCCACUCCUUUCCCCUACCUCGAACUCGCGACGAGGAAGCUGCAUCAAGGGCUGAUAUGCAGAGGCUGCCAAAUCGCGACGAUACGCUCGCGGCACCUGAUGGUGACGCAGACAGUGGCGAUGGGCUUCAUCCGCAGGCAGGCGCGUAUGUGGCUGGAGGAUGGCCUCUUCGAACACUUCAAGGAGUGCGAGGAUGCCAAGGACAUCUGGGUCUUCAUGCAAGAAGCUCGUAACCGGCCCACAGAGUUGCCGGGGAAAGCUCAGAAUGGAGAUAUUAUAGCUACGGGUUUCCUCCGCUCAUUGAUCGAGCGGCUGUGGAAUGGACCCCCACCACAGAUGUGA